UGAUCUCAAUCGGCAAUAUGUUUAAUUCAGAAAAUCAGAUUGAAUUAGUAGAUCGAUUAUCUUUGCAAAAAAACAUUAGUGAAAAAAGAGAAAGUUUAAAAUUGGUUGAUGAGCCAACAUUGUUAGAAAAAAGGCUGUGUGAAGCUUUUGAUGUAUUUGAUAAUGCAAGAAAUAAUGAGGUGGAUGUUAGAGAUUUGGGUACUAUUAUAAGAGCAUUAGGAUGUGUUGUUACAGAAGCAGAAUUACAAGAAAUACAAGUUCAAGUGGAAGAUGUAGUAAAUAAUUGUGUACCAUUGAACAAAUAUGUAGAAUAUAUGCACAAAGCAAUUAGUGAACGCAAAUUUAAACCUGCAGAACCUGAAGAUCUAUUAAAAGCAUUUCAAUUACUGGAUCCCGAUAAUCGUGGUUAUAUUAUGAAAGAUGAUCUAGAAAAAGUUCUAAUGGAAAUGGGAGAGCCUUUUACUAAAGAUGAAGUGGCUGAUAUGAUGGCAAUUGCUUGUGAUCCGGCAACAAAAAAAGUUCAUUAUGAAUAUUAUAUCAAUUUAUUGAUUGUGGAAUAAUAAAAAACUUACAAUAUGUUCGAGACCUUCUUGAACAGAAUGAUCCCUUGAAUAUACCAAACUUAAUUUGGAACUUUGUACUGCAACAGGACUUUUAUUUGCAAUUUUUUCACCAACUUCAAUCGACUUAUUCAACAAACUAUAUAAAAAUAAAUGGAUUAUUAUUGUAUAACUUGAAAAUAUAUUUUGAAUAAUUUAUUACCUUUCUUGAGUAUCAAAUACAGAACUGACAAAACCACACUGCAAUGCCUCAGUUGCUGAAAAUUUUCUUGCUGUGUAAACAAGUUCUCUAACUAAACUGUCUGAACCAAUUAUUUUUGGAAAUCUUUGCAAAGUACCAACAUCAGCUGCCAUUCCGAUAUCAACUUCUUUUAUUUGAAACCAUGCAUCUGAGGAACAAUAACGUAUAUCAGCAGCACAAAUCAUAUCUACUCCUGAACCUAUGCAAGCGCUAUGUACAGAUGCAAUCACUGGCUUUGCACACUAAUAAAUAUAAAAAAAUAUAGUUAAUUUGACAAAUACAAUAAAUAUUAUAAUAUAUGUAAAAUACCUUUUCUAUGGAACUGAUAGAAUCUUGAUAUUUCUUUAUCGUAAACUCUAAAACUUUACAUUUUCGUGCAACAUCUUCAUGUUCUGAUAAUUUUUGAUAAACAUUUAUAUUAUCUUGUAAAUCUAAACCUAUAUCAAAUAAUAAUUUCA